CUGUCUAUCAGUCCGUCUCAGUCCGGUAACAAGUAGGAGUCCCAAGAGCCGGACAUAAAAGUGAGUAUUGACGGCAUAUUGCAUGAUUUUCAGACAAUAACUACAUAUAAUCCCUUCAGCCGGGAUGGCCAUUAUGCAAUCAUGUCUUGUUGCGCAUUAAUUCACACCAUGGCAAAGUGGAGAUGCGAUGUCCACCUCGACCUGUGGCCAUUGGGGCCUUGUCUGCGGGCUCUUCAGCCAUCGAAGCCGUGUAUGGUGCAUUUGGCAGACAGCGGGUCUACAUCCCUGCACCGGCGGCCAGGAUCGGCUGGAAUGGAAGACGAUGAAUCGUGGAAGGGGAGCAGAAGGAGAUGCCCGGGGGUUUGUGAACCGGUACACUCCGUAUAUGAACACUUGCUUUUCCCACUGAUCUCGUGCAUCUCGUGUUCACUUUUUCUUCUUCUCCCCGAUUAUUCUUAUUCUUAUUCAGCCGUGAAAAACGUUUGUUUGUUCGUCAAAGUUUGUGCCACCGGUGGAGGAGAGUCAGGUGACCGGCGCUUUUCAAAGUCUCCCAACUCGCCUCGCUUUCGUUUAUUGAUUCAUUUCCAAUUGUUCUUUCAUUCUAUUGUUCUUCUUAUAUUCAAACCUCCUCGUGGUUCCCCCUCCCCCCCGGAGUGCAGAUCUUUGUCAUGAUGGCUGCUCCUCCCCCUAGGCACUCCAACUCCUCCACUCCGAUCCGGGACAGCAGUAAUGCUAAUGCUCCGACCACAAGAGAUU